AUGAGCGGCGGCAUUGAAGAAGGCAACUUUUUCCCGAGCCUGAGGAAGAACGACAAUUGCGAUGAGCCUGACUCUGGCAACGAGGAGGCUCAGCCUUCCAUCGAGCAGCUCUUCGGCGAGGCGGGGGGAUGGGAUGAUUCUGAUGAGCCGGAGGACGAGAACGAAGAUAUGAAUGAAGAAGAAGAAGCAGAAGAAGAAGACAAAGACGCAGGAGAAGAUCCUCCAUGUCCAGUAGCGAAGGCCAAAGCCAAGGCCAAAGCCAAGGCCAAGGCCAAGGCCGAAGCCAAGGCCAAGAAAGAGCCCAAAGCCAAGGCCAAGGUCAAAGCCAAGGCCAAAGCCAAGGCCAAAGGCAAGGCCACAGCCAAGGGCGCGUCAAAGAAAACCACAAAGUAUGACAAUACCCGAAAAGCUUUCUUUGACAACGCUGCCAAGAACGGCCUGGAUAGUAAUGCUGCCCGGAACGCCUGGCUUGAGAGCACAGAGAGGAAGAAUGCGAUAGCUUCAAUGCCAAGUCCUGAGAGAAGGCAACGCAAAUUUGUGAAACCUCCUCCCGCUGAUGAUGUAAACUAG